UUCAGUGGAGAGAAAACUUGUGGAAAAUCGAUUUUCUCGCAGUUGACCCAUCAACCUCGUGAAAAAGACGUUUUCGCGACAAUCUGUGAUCCAGGAAGAAUCUGGGAGCGAUGGAAGACAGUGGAAUAGACAGCGGGGAGAAAAAUGAAAAAAUGGUACUUAGGGAAAGUGAGGAAAGUUCAUCCAACGAAGAGGAAAUUGAAGUGAUCUUCAGAGGAGUUCCCAGUGCCUCCAGCAAAACAACUUAUGUACCGCCCACGAGUAGUUGCAGGAUGAUGCAGAGGAAGUUGGAAUUAAAAGUGGAGAGAGCCAAGAGAACCUACAAGAAAUUCCUCAAGACUGAAGAUUCUCCACAAGCCAAAUCCUCAAACAUCAUCCCAAUAAAUCGCCUCCAAAUUCCAGGACACGUGGAAAAUCAGCCUCUUGUGGAGUACAAAUCUGACCACAGUGACGAUGAAGAAUCCCUGUCCUUUUUCCCAAAUACCAAAGCCCUCAAAAAGCAAGAUUUCAGUGACACAUUCAGUAUACAAGAGCUUCCAGUAUCAAAUUCUGAAGAUGAGGAUUCCCAGACCCUUGAACUUGUGCCUCCAACUUCUGAGGAUAGAUUCCUCACAAAGUUGUCAAAUCUCUUUUGUUGCAGCAAUUAAGCUUUGCUCUCUUUCAGGUGAUUCUCUGGUAACAUUUAUUAUUGUAUUACUAGCCAAUAUUGUUAAUAAAAAUUGCAAGAAAAUUCAAAGCGCAAUUCUAUCAAAAGGGGAGGAAACAUAGAA